AGUUCCGUCGCGGCGCUCGUUUCAGCCACCACGCGCACAGCGUAUUAUAUUGUGAUUGUCAAGAUUUAUACGCGGAUUUGCCGAGUUGCUGAAAGUUUUUUAUUGGAUCGGAAAAGAGCCCCCUUCUAAAAGACGUAAUGUGUUCACUCCAGAGCCACAUAUAACCAGAGCUACACAGAUGUAUAUCGCCAUUUUUCCUAGCCUACCAAGAACAGAAACUCCUAAUCUGAUACAAGGGUGCAUUUAAAAUCAGAAUAUAUGUCAAAAACGAUAUUUGGGGUUACCAAUAUGAAGCUGGCUACGGUUCUAGCAGUUUUAUGGAUAAGUGAAGUUUCUCUUAUAGAGCUUCGUUUGCGGAGUAAAGGCAAACUAGACACUGUUCCAACUAACAUAUGUAAUCUAGAGCCAACACACAAUGACAAUAUCCGGUGUUUUUGUACAAAAGACAUCUACCAUCAGAUCUCUUCUGCUGAAUGCUGGAUAUUCGGAAAAGUCACUCGAGACAGUUUUAUGUGGAAGUUACUAGUGGAAAGUCAACCUUAUCUUGCGGAGUUUAAUGUUAUUUCCAGUAAAAAUGGCGAUUUGAGCAGUAUACCUUUCGAUUUCUCCUCUAAGAUGCUGUUUUUGAGAAAUCUAACCAUAAAUUUUGGUUCAAUAGAUACAAUAGAGAGAUUUGCAUUUGGAAAUUCAACAUCAUUACAAAAACUUAUUCUAUCAAAAAAUCAGAUCAAUUACCUAGAGCAAUUCUCUAUAUCUAAUCUGUUGUCGCUAGAAGAAUUGGAUUUAAGUGAAAACAGAAUAAAUUUCAUACAUUCUGCUGUUUUUUUGAACUUACCGCAACUGAAGUACGUACGUUUGAACAAGAACAAUAUGAGUAAAAUAGAGGAUAAGGCGUUCGCUGGUUUGAGUAGUGUCUUGGAAUUGGAUUUAUCAGAAAAUUUUUUGUGCGAUAUAAACAAUUUGACUUUUUUCGGUUUAUCAAAGUUAAAAGUGAUAGAUUUGAGUACGAAUAAAAUCAUUGGCCUAACUUCGUCGGUUUUCCUGGAGCUAUGGGAUAUUGAGGAGCUUUAUUUGGACCACAACUACAUAGAAUUCAUCUCUAACAGAGCUUUUGAUGGAUUAAGAUUCUUAAAAAUUCUUAGUAUGGGACAUAAUAGACUCUCGAGAUUUCCAGCAGGUUUAUUUACGAGUGUGUUCACGCUUGUACAUCUCGAUCUCAGCUACAAUCGCCUAGAAACUCUCGUUUUUGAUUCGAUAGAACAGUUCUACAACAAUUUACUUCUCAAUGGUACAGUACAACUGCAAGGUAACAGAUUCAGUUGUGACUGCAGAUUGGACUGGAUUUACGUACUUCAUCAAAAAUCUACUCAAUCGCAUAUACGUAAAGCAUUGGAUGAUCUGGAAUGUUCAUUUUAUUCUGAUAGAGUUUCUUCUAAGGAUAGAGUUGAAAAUUUGGUGUGUCCCCCGGAUUUAGACAACAACAAAUACGCUGAAGACAUAAAUGUACAAAUGAAUGAAAUUGGUAGUCAAAAAAUGAAUUUAUUGAGCAUUCCCGUAAAGCAGCUACCUUGUCCCGCAGAAUAUAGACCCACACCCAUUACAGUCAAACAAGGUUCACCGCAAGGAAGCGACAUGUCUACAAAUAUUGGUGCACAAUUCACAUUAAAUGUUCUUUUUGUUAUCGUUUUCAUCUUAUUUGUGUAAAAAGCGUUAACCUUUUUCAAUAAGGUUAGUCCAAAAUGCAAAGACUGAAUUCUAACGAUAUUAUUUACAGUUCAAUGGAAUGCUAUCAUUCUUUAACAGGUGUUUGAUAUGUACACAAUAUGAAAUUAUCUUGUAUUCAGAAAGGCACUGUCAUGUUAGUGAGUAAUUAUGUAUGUGAUAUUAUUCAGCAUUCAGUUUAUUCGGAAAUGCCGAAAGAAUGAGGAAAAUGGGAGAAUUCGUACAACGAUCGCAUCUUUCGUAGAAGGAAUGUGAAUUAAAUUUCGAAAUGAACUUUUUGUCAAAGAAAACGCUAUUCCAGCAGUUAUAUGCAUCAGAGAUUCAUUUCAACACAAUACUUGUUCACUUUAAACGAAUCAAAUGAGACAUUUCGUAACUACUUGUUAUGUAUGAUAUUAAAAAGUACCUUUACCUUUCUCAACUUCAAAACUGUUAUAUAUAAACACGUAAAAUUUAUGAAAAAAUUGUCAGAAGUUGUGGAGUUGUAUACUAAUAACCAAAAAUGGGUAAGGCAAUAAUAGGAAAUGAUGUUUAUGAUAGAGUGAAUCAAUUUUUGAGCUUUUAUUACUCCCACCAAUAAUCAGGAAUCAUACAAAGCCAACUCUUAACAAAACCACAAAAAUUCUGGGUUUUCCUUCGUUUGCAGUAUUUGCAGUAGCCUCUCUUGUUUGGAAAGGGAUCAUGUAGAUGUCAAAAACUAAAAAAAAAACAAAAAAUACUAGUCCUCAUCGAUUGGUUUCCCAUGCUACAGUAUAGAAUAUCAUCAUUCUCUCCACUACAUCAACGUCGCUCUUUGCACUGCUGUAUAAAGUAAUAAUCUCAAGUUGCUGCCUAUCGCCAGCAUUAUAAUCUAUGUUAUCAUCUCUGUUCAAUGAAGAAAUCAUAUUAACAAACUGAAAAAGAUGUGAGUCUGGUGUCCAUAGUUAUAAUUAUAGGUGGAAGCUCUCUCUUAUAACGUUUCAAUCUACCUACAGCUGUAGGACUGUAUUCAGUCUUGAAUCAAUUGUAUUUGUAUAAGUGAAGUAUAAAAUGUUUUGGCAGUAGAAAAUACUUUCAUGCCCUACUUGCGUGGCUUUUGUGCCAUGUACAAGCGGAAUACACAUCUACCGCGGAAUGCACAUCUUCGGAUUGCUAAAAGAAUUUCGUCCAGUGUCACGUACUUUCCAACUGAAUAUUUCGAAACGUUUCACUAAUAGUUUCAAUUUUGUUGGUUGCUGUUCUGUUCUCUCUUGUAUCCGUAUUAUCAAGCGUUAUAAUUUUUAAGCGGAGAUAAAUCUUCUUCGAUACAUGAUCGCAAUAAAAAUUCAACUGUGCAACUCUCAAAAUUACCAAAUUCCCACCAUGAUCUAGACCAGCUAGAUACAUUAAGCCCAAAAAAUUCUACUUUAUAUGUUGACAUGCAUCGUAUUUGUAUUUGUAGCUGGUUGCAAUUUUACGUAUAUACAAAUUUGUAUAUUGUUCUAAAUAUCGAUAUUAUCAGAAAGAGCGUUCCAAGAGUUAAUUGGAGUUACUUCAUUCUUUUUUGUUCACUUUGUGUUGUCUUUAGCGGAAUAAUACAUACGUCUGUCAUUGUGUUCAAGAAUUUCAUGAGGUUCUGUAGCUGCCUCUUCCUCUCUAUCAUAACCAGAAUCGUUAAUUUUGUGAUUUGGAUCGCAUCGAAAUCAAAGGUAUAUUCGUCAUCAGUCGUACAGACUCAUAUAGAUCGUUGAGGAGCUGAAUCUCCAUCGUACACAAAACUAAAAUAAUGUUACCACAUAGUGCGUAUGAUAAUGAACCAUCAAACUGAACUCACCAAUUCCCAAUGUAUUAUCUUCAAAAUAAAAAUUAUCUUCAUUCAAUUCAAGAUAUAUAAAUGCUAAACAUUCACUUCCUAUCACAAAAUGACGGAAUAAGUGGGAAUAAAUACAGAACUUUUUAAUUUUAUGUCAUUAAGAAGCGCGUUUUUCAGUUUUUUUGAACUAUAUUCAUGUUUCAAAAAUAGAUAAACAAAACAAAUUCUGAUUGAGAUGAGAUGAUAACAUCGAAAACAACCAAAUUCAUGAUAAUAAUAUACCUGUUAUAAUUCUACAAUAUUACUUAGACAACAAAACAUUAUGAUACUAUUACUCUUCUUCACUGGAAGUUGAACAAUAACUGGAUGGUAUUUGGAAUAAUUAUUUUUUUCAUGUUCCUUUUUAAUACUUCCCGUAUAAAAUAUUUACGCGCCACAGCAACGUCAUAAUCAUAUUUUUCUAUGGCCCAUUUGACUGUUUUUACAUCCGCGUUUCUUAAUUGCUUCGUUACUUAUAUAACUACAUCUCGUCGAAACUUGUAUCGAGCCAUCACAGUGUAAAUGGUAAGGUAGUGGAAGUGCAUGUUCAAAAACACUGCAUACAAGUGGAAAACCUUUUUGGAGAAAGUACGGAUUAUUUAGGGGUAGUACAAAUAUUUAUGGAAUAUACAUUUUCUCCCUGACAGUUUGGAAGCUCUGUAUCGACUACUUUCACAAAGAGGACGUACAUAAUCUUCUUCUUCCUCUUCCAAUAGGACCAGGUCAUGUUCAAUCCUGUACGUUUAGCCCUCUUCUUGGAUCUUCCUGAGAAGCUGAACUCCAGCUCUCGUACCACCUCUUUGGUGGUCUGCCUACAGGUCUGCGUGUGUUCGGUCUCUGAGUUUUAGCCCACUUUGCCCAUUCUUCUGCCAUUCGUUCUACGUGAUCCCUCCAGAAUCUUUUUCUUGCCCUGACCCAUCUCACCACAUCCUGUACACCCAAUUCUUCUGUCAUGUCAUCACUCCUUAUUCGAUCCCUGAGGGUGACUCCCUUGAUGGUUCGCAGUACUUUCAUCUCUGUGGUUCUGAUCAUUCUUGUUGUUGUUGUUGUCUCGGCUCUGGUUUCUAAGGCAUAUGCUUGUCAAAGCAAUGGAAACAUGUUAUCCACAAGAAAGAAAGCGUGUAUGCUUGACUCGUGAAUGAACGAGUAAAUCUAUGACAAGAUUUCAAUCGAAACAAAAUAUUUGUGCUUUUUGUUCAAUUCCCAAGAAUCUCCUUCUACUUUUAAGUACUUUUCACACUUUGUUUUCAACUCCCAAUGGAGUUGAAAACAAAGGCUAGAUUUAAAGAACAUACAGAACAAGAAUAAUUUCAUUGAUCCAUCUGAAGUUUUAACAACAACCAUCUGCAGAAUAAGCUAACCAAGGUUCAGUCUUUGAUACAAUCAAACCCGUUUCUCUUACCCAUUGAUUAGUUUGAUACUCUCUCCCUACAGGUUCAUACGUAUUGCCAUGGCGUGUAGCAUCAGUUGAAAAUUCAUCAGGUCAGAAAUACCUUCUUGCUUUAUCAAACCAGUUAUUUUGAGCGUACGUAAAAAUGUGCACCUGGAAUUUGAUACAAAUUAUUAUUAUUAUUACAUUAUUUAUUACAUCAUUAUUACUUAACGCAUAGCUAAACCGCAACAUGACAACAUACCUGCUCCCUGUUAUCCUUAAUUGUCUUUAUUUCAGCUUGGCAGCAGCUUUGCAUAGGUAUGUUUAUUUUAGCUAAUGCUUCCACAGUUUAGAUAAAACUUUUGCUUUAAUACUAUUUCCGGGACACUGUCUCUUGCGAUUGCUAAAAAAUACAUGAAAUAAUUCGCUAAUCGUAUGGACGUCGAAGCCUUGUCGCAGCCAUAUUUGUUUUGAUGCAGCAGUGCCCCUUUCCGCGCGAUGGACGUCUUCUUCGCCAAUAGCAGCAAUAUCAAAAUUUGAUUCAUCAUACAUGGAAUGAUUUUUUUAUAUGCACUGGAACUUUUUUAGUUAGUCGUUAUUGAAUAAGGUUUUCUACACGACGAAAAUUUGGUGAAUAUUACAAUAAUUCUUGUAAUUUGGCAGUUGUCAAAUGUCCUAUGUAUAAACAUUACGUCUCUGUUAGAAGUUCAGUUUUGGAAAAUUUGAAAGAAAACGAACAACGUAAAAUAAUUGCCAAAUUUUAUCAACAAAAUCAAGAUCUGAAGAAAUAGUUUAAGGUUAUUUACUUUGUAAACAUGGAAAUAGCCAUAAAAACAAUUUACGAUAUAUAUCAGCGAUUGAAAAUAGAUAUUUCGAUAGAAAGAAAAUCAGACUAACUCAGAAAAGCAAAAUAAUUCCGAAAAAGAAAUGGAAAGCAUUUGUUAAAACAUUUCAACUAGAAGUCAAUUUUCGGAAAGUGGACAGAAAAUUCAAAAUCAAUAAGAAAUAUGUAAGCAACAUUCUAAAACAACAGAGUUUAGUUCAUAAAUGAAGAAUAUCGGCACCCAAAUGAUCACUCCCUUUUGCCGGGAGUGAAACGGCGAAUAAUGAAACCCACUGUUAUCAAAAUGGCGAGGAAGUAAAUGCAGAAGUGUGUUUCAAGAGACAUUGUUGGUAUGGUUGAUGAUACUUUCUCGUAAUCAUUUCUACCAUUCAUUUAUCCUUCUGAAAAUUCUAUAACCGCCAAAAAUAUGUAUGUCAGUUCUAAAUUAAUGCAGUUAAUAUAGAAAAAGUAAUGCAGAAAUGUUCAUUAUGCAAAAGACGUUUACAUAGUUGAAUAUUUAAAAACAAAAAUUAAGAUAGUGAGCCGACUGGGUGCUGAUUAGAGUACACAUAUAGAAUGUGUGUAAUUAUAGAGUGAAGUCCAAAUAAUGGAAUUAAAUUAAACAGUAAGGAUUUUUUCAACCCAACACCCAUAGUUCUGUUCGUCUUAUCCUUGUUCUUAGUAACAACAUAUAACAAUAUUUGCUUUCUAAUUUCACUCCACAUAUACUCCACCUUCUAAAAUAUAAAUUUAAAUUCGAACGCCAAUGAAUGCUUCUGCUGCAGUGUUCAGAAAAAUUAUGGUCAACCGUGUAAGAAAAAUUAAAUUCUAAAGUUGUGAUUUUGUGAUAUUUAAGACCCCUAUUCUCAGUUUCAUUUGUUACCUGAUUUAUUAGAUUAGUCUUUAUUGAUUUUUGUAUUAAGCUCCAUAUUUCAGCAUAUGCUGGAAAUAGCACAUAUUUUUUUCUAUUAUUUGAAGUACUUGAUAUAUUUGUGCUCAUAUUCCUUUUGUGAUGUCAAUAAAUGAAUUAUUUCACUGCGCAUAUGGUCUUAAAGCAAGGCACCCCAAGCGUGGAUUUUAGAAUUUACUCAAGCACUGAUAUUAAUAUGUAAGACAAUAUCUUAGAGAUUCAAGCAAAUACACGAUUCGGUGCUUCUAGAAACAAUGAUUUAGAUUUCUCAGUAUCAACAACUUGAACUAAAAAACGACAUUUGAAUUUUUUCACGAUUCAACUUUCUACGAGGACGGUUUCCCAAAAUAAUGACGGCUCUGAAAAAAAUUACAUUAAAUUUUCCAUGUUUACAUAAUUAACAAAUUUUCGAUAAUCCAAAAAGUUGGAAAUCACGCAUUUUUCUGAAUUCGACAACAAAAGCAAUUGCAGGCAAUCAAGAGUCAAGA